AAGAGAGUCGGCUUUCUCUCCCUGGAAGUUGGUAUCACCAGUGAUGGAAAUAAGACUCCUACUGCAUAGCAGUUUCACCCAUUCCAGGUUUUACUAUGAGCUGAAUAAGACAGUAAACAGUGUCAGUCUUUAGAUCUGCCAGUGUUUAGAUCUUUUGAAUAGACUCCAUUGUGUGCCAACUUAAAACAUACAGUAUGCCUAUAAUAUUUUCUUAUUGUCUUGUGUGUCAUAUUCUUUAAAUCUAGUGAUUUCUAUAAACACCUGCUGUCAAUUUCUCAACUAUUAAAAGUAUGUUUAAAUAAAAUCAAAGAAUUCUGGUAUUGGUGAAACUUUUCUAGACUUUUGGAAAGAUGAAUAUCAGACUUCAUUUAUUUCACUUAAACAUUUCAAUCUUGAAUACAAAGAUCGCUCUUUAUAAACAGUGAAUUGCAUAUGAGCUGCAGUGCAUUGUGCCUGGCAUCGCUUGUGACUGUCAGUAGUGUUGUGUGGAAAACCCAUUGCUUGUGAUGUCACGGAAGCCCCCUUCUUUAAAAGAAGCUCACAGCAGAUUUGCAGACAGAGGAAGUGUAUUUGAUGUUGCAGGGCUCACAAUCAAACAGCGUGUGGAAAUGGCUGUAAAGCUGGUACUUCUAUCACUUGUGUUGACGAUGUUGACACUGAAGGGGAGUGCGACUCGGUCCCCCGUAGAGAAUGUGACAGUGGUGGAGGGGGAGACAGUUACUCUGAACUGCACCGUUCAUCAUGAUAACACUUCACACUUGCAGUGGUCAAACCCCAGAAGCUAUGUAGCCUUUUUCAACGGUAUUAAAGUUCUGAAAGACAGACGAUACAGUGUGGUUGCGCAGUCUAAAACUGAAUUGACAAUCAGCCUCUCCAAUGUAACAGUGCUGGACAAGGGCAUGUACUCCUGCUUACAUUACAUCAAGCCGGUCACAACCAAGAAGGUUUAUGUAGAUGUCUUGGCUCCUCCUUCUCAGCCAGUACUGGAGAUGACGCAGAACAAAGACACAAAGACAUUGAGGUGUUCCACCAGGGGCAGCUACCCCCCUCCCAAUAUAUCCUGGUCAAUCAACACUGAACUGGAGCUGGAUGCUCACACCCAGUACCGACAUGAAGGGAUCAGUGGGAAAAUCUCUGCAGUCAGCACUCUAGUGAUCAGGUCACACAGGUCCAAUGUGCGCGUCGACUGCAUCGUUCAACAUGCAGCCUUGAGAAACGCCGCCCUGAAAGCCUCGAUCACUAUCAUAGACCCUUUUCAGCCCGUACUGGAGAUCACACAAGAGGGAGACAAGAAAAAGAUUCUGAGGUGCUCCACGGGGGUGUGCAGUCCCCCUCCGAAGAUCACCUGGUUAUUUAGCACUGGGAUGGAGAUGGAUGGUGACAUCCAGUACCAAUAUAAAGGAAACAGUGACAAAUGCACGGCAUUCAGCACUUUUAUUUUCAAAAUGAACACUCCCUUUAUCAGAGUGGAUUGUAUUGUUCAGCAUGAAGCUUUGAAAAAUACAACUCUCAAGGACUCUAUUAAUAUUAUCGAUAAUUUCUUUAUUGGUGACAGAAAACAAAGUACCACUCUGACAACUACCACACUGACACCAGAAACUACAACCAUGGUGGACUUCCUCCCAGUAUCGACUGCAGGGUGCACAGCCAGCUCUGACACGCCUGGAACAGACCGUCAAGGAUCUACAACCACCCAGUAUUUUGAACCAGAAACUGUUGGAACAGAACCAGUCUCCACCGCAGCAUAUGCACCUGGCACUGAUAUACCAGGAACAUCAGAGGAAACUACAAACCAGUAUCCUGAAUCAACCACAUCUACUGCAGAAUUUAACAGCACAUCCAGUAACCUGACAGAUGCUGAAGUAACUACAAGCAACUAUACCGAAACAGCAAAUGAAACUUCUGUUCCUACUGCGGUUACGGUCACAGAAUCCGUGUCAGGAAAUGUCAGUACGAAUUCCAGUGAUCCAGAGAAGAAGGUGACCCAUCGGCUUAUUGGGAAGAAAAGCGGCACCUUACUGGUCGUGUUGGUGUCUUUCCUGAUCUGUGCUUUGCUCGUUAUUGUCCUGUACUUUGUGUCCAAGCUGAAGAAAGCACACGCCAAGUGGAAGAGAGAAAUGGAAGAAUCCAGUCAGUCACUGGAGAGCAAUAAAUCAAAAUCCAGUAACGAAGAGAGACUUUCUCAGGAGAGGAGAUGUCAAGUUAUCCCUAACUACAAUUUCAUGAAGCACACCGUUGAGCUGCACACAGAAACCGAAACAGGAAUGCAACCGGAGAAAACCACCCAGACUGCAGACAGUGUGGAAACACCGCAGAACAGGGCUCCAGUGAGGGAAACAGAGCUCUAAUAUGAAACGUGAAGCUGCUGUUUGGGUACGAACUGUGAAUCUGAAAUGUGAAACUCUGGACUAAGGGCUUGCACUGGCUGGAUUUGUCACGAAGGCACAGCAGUUGCAGGUGUCUCCUAAUGAAGUGUGGAUACACAGUAUGGCUGCUACCAAAAAUUCAAUGGGAAUGUUGUUGUUGUUGUUGUUGUUGCUGCACACACUGUAACUGUGUUUAUGUAAUAUUGUAAAUAUAUGCAACUGUUAAAGUAAAAAUAUUUAUUUAUUGCAGUGAAAUUUCUUUAAUAUUUUAUAUUUUUCUAAAUAAAUGGUCAAACAAGU